CACCGCGCCGGUGUCGGACGUCGCUGCGUUAUUUUUUCCCCCGAAACUUUUUAAUAAACAAACGUUUAUUUAUCAUCGUGAUCUGUGACUUUUAUGCGAUAGUGUUUGACAGUUGGAUGUUUAAUGAAUUUUUUUGUGUUUCAAUUAAUUGACAAGUGUGUGUGUUGUGUUGCGAAUGGAUUGCUGGCGUUGCAUUUAGUGUAAUGAUUUAAUUAGUGACAAGUGACAGAAUGCCAAUCAGAACGGAACGCGCCGCGACAUUAUAGCGCGACAAUGACGAGAACAGAGAAAAGAGUGGAGAUGACUUGAUCGUGUUUGUGUGUGAUUUUCUGAUGUUCAAAGACUAAUAAUGCUAGGACUCUAUAAUGCCUGACCGGGAGGCUGUCGGACCUGCGGGCAACGGUUUCCUGCCACUGCAGUUUCCGUCGGCGUUUGCUGCGUUCCAUGCCACCACUGCGCCAUCCGCAUCUGGUACCAUGCACCACGCAACGCAUUAUCACCAUCAUGCUCAGUUAGCAGCAGCUGCUGCAGCAGCCGCCGGCGCCACCAGCGAGCUGAGCUAUCUAGCUGCUCUGCACCCAGCCUACCGGCCUGUGCCCUACGACCACCCCUUGUAUGGAGCGAAUACUCUACGAGGUCUCGAAUACCUUAGUGCAGCACGCAGUCUCCAUCCAGAGUUACAUGCGGGUAGCACGCUUGCGAGUCAAGAUUUCCAACUCAGCUUAGAAGGUUCAAGAAUAGCAUCACCAAAUCGCCUGAGGCUCUCCGGGGGGGCCAUAAGUGCAUCAGCCAAUAGGAAACGCGCUGUGUCCUGGAGUCCUUAUUCUGCCGAGUCUCUCGACCUGGCGGCUGUGAUCAGGGCGUCGCCAGCCAGCCUGGCGGUGAGGGCUCCUUCUGCCGCCUCUACGGGCAGCUAUGGCCAUCUUAGUGCUGGUAAUUAUAGUGCGAUAUCCCCCGCUCUCUCCCUCUCGCACGCCUCGCUCGCGCAGCAGCUGCUCGCGCGCGGCGGCGUGGGCGGCAGCGGGGUGCUCCCCGCCGGGGUCCUGCUGGAUCCCGCGCACCAGCAGGCCGCAGCCGCCGCGGCACAUCACGCUGCGCAUGCACAUCUUGUUGCUGGUAUCCAUAGAUCUCACAUCUCGUCACCAACCCAGCUCCUGAUAGGUGCGCCAGUGGACGUGAGACCUGGCCUGGGGCUGGACAGCACUCCACCUCACAUGCAACAGCAGGAAGUCACUAGUGUUAUGGAAGCUGAUAGCGCUUCAACAGCGCUAAAUCAGCGCAAAUCGCCCCAAAGCCUAAUGUCACAUAGAGACAGUAUGCACUGCAACAAGCCGCUCAGUGCCGCCGCUGAAAGCACUGUCCAUGAUGGAUUGGACUCUAAGGACGAACCGGGAGAUUUCAUUGAAACAAAUUGUCAUUGGGUGGACUGCAAGCUCGAGUUCCCAACCCAAGACGACCUGGUGAAGCACAUAAACACGGACCACAUCCACGCCAGCAAGAAGGCGUUCGUCUGCCGCUGGGUCGGCUGCUCCCGGGACGAGAAGCCCUUUAAGGCGCAGUACAUGCUGGUCGUGCACAUGCGGAGACACACCGGGGAGAAGCCGCACAAGUGUACCUUCGAAGGAUGCUGCAAAGCCUACUCCCGUCUAGAAAACCUAAAGACUCAUUUACGGAGCCACACUGGGGAAAAACCCUACACCUGCGAAUAUCCCGGAUGCGCGAAGGCCUUUUCAAAUGCGAGCGAUAGAGCCAAACACCAGAAUAGGACGCAUAGUAAUGAGAAACCAUAUGUAUGCAAAGCCCCAGGGUGCACCAAGAGGUACACUGACCCGUCAUCACUCAGGAAACACGUGAAGACAGUCCACGGAGCUGAGUUUUAUGCCAGUAAAAAGCAUAAGGGUUGCAACCGCGGUGAUGACUCCGCGGAAUCGGGGGGUGGAGGAGCCGGUUCCUCUCCCCGCUCAGAGGAAGGGGGUGUUCCCUUGGGGGUGAGAGGUCACACCUCCUCCGCGUCAGUCAAGAGCGAGAGUCCAGCGUCACCUCUGCCUUUGGGACUGCAUACUCCAGCUCAUCAGCUAUCUGCACAAUGUGGGGGAGAUUUGGACUUCGGUGGCUCUGGACUUGGUGGUUUUAGUGAUGAAAAUGGUGUUCCUUACUUCAGGCUAGAUGGAGAGGUGGAAGGCGAAGUGGUAGGCGAGGUGGGUCAGCUACCGCUAAUGCUGCGCGCGAUGGUGGCCAUCGGCUCCCCUCGCGCGCACGCCGCGCACGCCGCACACGCCGCACACGCCGCACACGCGCACGCGCACGCCGCACACGCCGCACAUGCGCCGCGCUUGCACAAGCUGCCGCUCGCGCGGUUCGUGCCGCUGCAGCCGGAUGUCGGUGGAGGUGUGCCCGGUAGAACGGAGAUCGGUAGCACGAGCGUAGCGGUGGAAAUGAAGACCGGUCUGCCGAAUACGAGGCGAGACUCCGGAAUAUCGUCCGGUAGCAGCUUGUACAGUGCUAGAUCAUCAGACAUAUCGCGCAAGAGCAGCCAAGCGUCGGUGGUGUCGGGCGCGGUGGGCGGCGCGGGCAGCCGCCCGCCGCCCGCCGUGUACGACCAGCUCUCGCCGGACAGCAGCCGCAGAUCUAGUCAAGUAUCGUGCGUGGGUUACGCGCCGCCUCCGUCGUCAGCUCUCGCCGCGGUGCAGGCAGUCAGAACCUCGCAAGGAAAUCAGGCUGUUCUUCUACGAGGAGUGACCUGCACAGAAGUAAGAGCCGAAGAGCUGGCCCUCGAGCUGGAUCCCAACGUGCAAGUCAAGGAGGAAGCCAGGAGGCUCUCAGAACAGUCAAACCUCAGCGACCAGCAGUACCAACCGUACCCUUGCAGUAAUGAUGAUGUGGGUGAUGUUCCGUUCCCGUUCAAGACAGAGGAUGACCAUGACGCCGUCAACUAUAAGGAAUCCCGGUCCAACUCCACCACCACCGUGGUCAUCACCACUGCGCAAGUUCACCAUCCUAAUCAAGAAGUUAACCUGGAACAGGUUGCUGAAGGAGAAAUGGUGGAGAACAAGCUGGUGAUACCAGACGAAAUGAUGCAAUAUCUUAACCAAUCCAUAUUGGGCACCGACACGGUAACACCAGCUAAAACCGACUCCACCAACCAGGAACCAGAUAAGGAGCAGGACGACAGUGUAACCAAAGAGAACAUCCCCACUGACAUUCAGAACACGAACAAUUCCAGUGAUAAAAUAAGUGAUGUCGCUACUAGUGACGAUUCUCUACUCAAAAAUCUAGGUGCCAUAGGUAGUGAUCUCAAUAUAAGUGAUAUACAAGUCGAUUUAAGGUCAUUAGAUGUUAGUAUGUCGGGUAAUAGCGGCUCUCUUUUAGCCAAAACGCCGGAUGAUAAGAACCCUCCGUUACAAGAACAAGUUAUCCCUGAAGCUGUUAAUGAAAAUUGUGAGAAAGACUAUAAUAGACCCCCAGCAAACCAGGGUACCAUACCGAAUAAUCCCCUGCAAUCAUUACAGUCGAUGACUGCAAAUCAAACGGAACAGUCCAAUAGGAUAAGAAUGAACAAUCCCUUACCUCAAAAGCAGACAGCGGUUACUAAGACAAACGUACAAACAACUAUGAGUACGAACCUUCCGCACGGCAUGUUAAGCCCUCAAAGUCUACCUCACAGUACGAUGAGUCCCCAGAGUGUGAUGAGUCCCCACAACAUGCCGAAUAUAAUGAGUCCUCCCAGUGCUUACAACGUGAUGAGUCCCCAGAGUGUGAUGAGCGUCAUGUCCCCACAACACAACGCAAUGAGCCCUCAAAGCAUGCAGAGUUUGAUGAGUCCGCAAAUGCCGAAUCAAAUGGUGAUGAGCCCACGCCACAAUAACAUAGGCAGCCCCAUGUCGCAAAACCUAAACAGCCCCAUGAUGAACAUGGCGAGCCCUAUGAGCCACGGAAUGCCCAGUCCUAUGCACCCAGGCCUCCAGAGCCCCAUCACGAGCCCCAUGAUCCAGAACAUAACCAACAUGACAAUGAACAUGCCAUCUCCUCAAAACCAGAAUCAAAACGUCAUGAUGAAUAUGAACGUGAACCCGAACGCGCCGCAAAUGGCGCCGGGCGCUUACAACAAUCAGAGGCAAAACUGCAAGAUGCCAAACAAAAACUUCAACAACGUCCCCAAACAGUAUCCGAACCAGAAUUUCAAUCAGCCGUACCCGAUGCAAAACCAGAUGCCGCAGCAGAACGUGCAAUACCCAAUGAUGCAGCAAUUCAACCAGAAUCAAAUGCACCCGAUCUCGAUACAGCAGAACACCCAAAUCCCGUACAACAUGACCUGUCCCCAGAAUUACGUCCACCAAAGCAACCAGAUGCAUCCGAUGCAAAUGUCCAGGUCGUCAAUGAUGAGCGUGGAUAACAGUGGGAACAUGGGUAGAGGCGCCAUGAACAGCUACUGCGAGAACCAGUGCCCCCAGCAGACCGUGCAGUACCCACAGAGCGUGCAGUACCCCCAGCCGCCGCCCUACAACUCAGUGAACAACGUAAUGGGCCCGCCCCCACCCAAAAACAACCAAUACAACCAAUUCUACACGCGAAACCAAUGGGAAUAUAACCAGUACAACAAGCAGAUGCAGAAAUCCAUGCAGAACUCGAUCAACAUGUCGACGGGCAGCCAAAAACCGGUCAACGGGUUGCGGCCGAUGAACCAAAUGAAGAGCGACCAGACGGACUGCAGCAUGAACAGCCUGCGGAGCCAGAACCAGCCCAGCGACGUGCAAGUGUGGGACAUCUCGCAGUCGCAGAUAGACGCGUCGAACAACAGGAAGAAACAGAACAGCAUGCGACAGGACACGUACCAGCGCACGUUGGAGUACGUCGAGAACUGUGAAAAUUGGAAGAGUUCUGAAAUGGUCUCCAGCAGUACACACCCGCUGCAAGGCGCCGAUAAUAUGGUUGUCAACGACCUGCAGACUUCGCUAUCUUCGUUUUACGAAGAGAAUCAAUAUCUACAAAUGAUACAAUAGUGAGUUAAAUAUUAAUUGAAUUUUAUUUGUUUUGAAUUGUGGAAUAAAUAAAGAUUUUGUACAAUUAUACAUCUAGCAAUAAUUGUUCGUAAAUGACGCUAUGGUGCUAGUUAUGUCAUUUAAUAAAGUUUCCGCCUUUUUAUAUUUAGCGAUUACAUUAUAUUAACGCAGUUUUAAAGUAAGCUUAAACCAAGUACACUUAUAAAAUCUACAUUAAAAUUCAUAUGAAAUAAUUGACAAAUUAGUUUAUGAAACUGUUUUGCUUUACAGGACUAUUGAUUUUUUAUUAAUUAUAUCGAUUAAUAUAAAGGGUCAUUUUAUUGUGUUUUUAAUAUGGAAAUUAUUGUAAAAAUAUUCGUGUUUAGUAGUUCUAUUGCUAUAAAUAUUCAAUUAUUUGUAAAACUGAAUGAUUAGGACACUUCCGUUAUUUCAAAUUUCUUGUUAGUUUUCUUUCUUACGAUCUACUUGAAUUCAAUUAUUAUGAAAAACUCCAAAACUAAAAUACGUAAUAAAAACCUAGACCUAUAUAAUCUAUAAAAAUAUUUCGUGUCCAAAUGGACAUUUAAGACAUAACUGUAGCGUUCAAAUGACAAGAAGUCAGUUCCAUGGUGCAUCAAAGGUUGUUAAUAAGUAUAUAGACUGAUUAAUUAUUAUUAUAAUUAUAAGUACAUAAUGUAAAAGACAAGCACAUGCUGUAUAUAAAUUGUAUUUACUUAUUGUCUUCCAUUUAACGUUUUGUAAAAUUGUAUAUAAGUGCCUUAUAUUUGGAAUCAACAUCAAUUAACUGGUGCCUUAAAGUCGUAAAUGCCUUGAGAUUAUUAUAUGUACAAAUAUGUUUUACACACAAUUGUUAAUUGUUAAUUAGACUAUCGUUAAGUAAUUUUAAUGCAAUAUUGUCAAUUUAGAAAGUUGAAUCUCUUAGUUUUUAAUUGUAAUGAGAUUAUUAGAUUUAGUUCGUUUAGGGCAUCUAUUGAAUAACGCACAAAUAUUUGUAGUAAAAUUAAAUGACGUAUUUUGUAAUAAAUUAUUGUUUUUACUGUUUGUAAAGAACACACUAAGCUUAAACAAUAUUUUAAUGAAAAUAAAUUUUUAAUU